AUGACGAAAAGACGGAGGGUCUCUAGAGUAGGUGCAGCUGAGGUGGAAACUAAAGGAGAUAAGGAAGAGGAAGGAAUAAGUGCUGGCGACAAAGAGGUUGACGAAGGGGCCGAUGUAGGAGAUUUUAGUGCCAAUGAUGAUGAUGAUGACGGUAUUGAACAAGGUACUAGGGGAAGAAAAAGAAAGGCGGCAGAAUUAGUGGAAAAUGAGAAUGAAGGGGAAGAGGAAUAUGCGGAAGAAGAAGAGGGUGAGGAGGGUGAGGAGGGUGAGGAAGAAGAGGAUGAAGAGGAUGAAGAGGAAGAGGAGGAUGAAGCAGGAGAUGAAGCAGGAGAUGAAGCAGGAGAUGAAGCAGGAGAUGAAGAGGAUGAACUAAAGAGAGAUGAAAAUGUUGCCGACGAUGAGGAUAAUGAGGAUAAUGAGGACAAUGAGGAUAAUGAGGAUAAUGAGGAUAAUGAGGAUAAUGAGGAUAAUGAGGAUAAUGAGGAUAAUGAGGAUAAUGAGGAUAAUGAGGAUAACGAGGAUGGAGAAAACGAAAAUGAAACGGAAACAGAAUUUGGCCCCAAAAAGAGAGGAAGGAAAAAGAAGGAGAAAAAUUUUGUAUAUAAUGAGAAUGAUGUGUUUGACGAGGAUGGAAAUCCAUUAUGCAUAGAAAAUGACGAGGUUCGUAUACCAAAUGAAGAUCCCAAGGGGAAGGAAAAGAUUGAUGAAUUGGGAUACUUGAAAGGCGGAAGAGAGUUUCGAAUGAAGACAUUUAAGAUUUUGGGAGAAGGUGAUCGAUUAUACAUGAUAUCAACAGGACCAGCUCGUAUGGUUGGAUUUCGUGACUCAUAUCUUUUGUUCAAAACCCAUCGUACAUUAUUUAAGCGCGUUUGUGACAAUAAUCAAAAGAUGGAUUUAAUUAACCGAGGGAUAAUACCAAAUUCGUAUAAAGGUAGGGCGGUCAAUCUAGUAAGUGCGAGAUCUAUAUUUCGUGAAUUUGGCGCCAAAAUGAUCAAAGGAGGUAAAAAAGUAAUUGAUGAUUUUUGGGAACAAAAAAGUAUUGAUAAUGGUGAUAUACCGGGAGAAUAUGCCGAUCCUGACGAAAUAUAUAAAAAUAAAUUGUCAAACUUGUUGGGUGAAGGAGGAAGCGGUUCAAAUGUGGGUAUUGCAUCGGGUGGUAACGCCACUCCAACCGCUCCUGUAUCCAUCGUUAAUCACCAAACUGACAAAACGUGGCUUUAUCAAAUAGCCUUGCAAACUUCUGACUAUAACCAUAAGCUAGCUGAGUUGCGAUCACAAGUGACAAUAAAUGGGUUUAGAGAUGUUUUUACAAACACAAUGCAGUUCCCUUUGAGCACACAACCUAAUCACUUGAAAUUCUAUAAAUUCGAAGAAAACAAUAAAAAGGUAAACAACAAAUUGGAAUAUGAUAUAUAUUACAAGACAAAGGAUUUGAGGCGGCCAAUAACAGGAUUGGCUACUGUAUCACAAGACCUCAUCAACGAGAUUAAAGACGAAGAGAUUAGAAAAGCAAUUCGUGAGCAACAAAAUUAUGAAAAAACAACUGUAUUAUAA